GCUUUACAGUCUUCCAUUUUAUUUUUGGAACUAUCUGAUGUGAAACUUUUUUUCUUUUGUUUUCUUUCAGGCAUGCACUGAAUCUCCAACGGCCUUGACAUUCUACUCCUGUUCAAAUCUGAAAGUGGAGAACUUGAAGCUACUAAACAGCCAACAAAUCCACAUGUCAGUGGAGGAUUGCACAAAUGUUAGGAUCUCUGGCCUGACAAUCACAGCACCAGGCACUAGCCCAAACACCGAUGGCAUCCAUAUCACCAGAAGUAAAAAUGUACAAGUGACAGGCUGCACAAUCAAGACCGGGGACGAUUGCAUGUCGAUCGAGGAUGGAACUGAGAACCUCCAUGUCAAGAACAUGGUGUGCGGACCAGGACACGGCAUCAGCAUCGGGAGCCUAGGCGAUCACAACUCUGAAGCUCAUGUCAACAAUGUCACCAUCGGCACUGUCAGGCUAUAUGGCACAACCAACGGAGCUCGCAUCAAGACAUGGCAGGGUGGUCGGGGGUACGCGAAGUACAUUGUUUUCCAGAACAUGAUCAUGGAAAAUGUUUGGAACCCCGUCAUUAUCGAUCAAAACUACUGUGACUCUGCAACACCAUGCAAGAAACAGACAUCUGCAGUUCAGAUUAGCAAUGUGGUCUUCAAGAACAUCAGGGGCACAAGUGCUUCCAAGGAGGCUAUCAAGCUGGACUGCAGCAGAAAUGUACCUUGCCAAGGCAUAACCUUGAAUGAUGUCAAGCUCACUGUCAAGGGAGGUGGUGGUGAUGCGAAGAGCACUUGCCGAAACGCAAAAUGGAAGAAAUCAGGGACAGUUGUUCCACAGCCUUGUGCUUCCACAACAACUGUAUGACCAGCCAAUCCAGCCAACACGCUAAUUCUACUAGCACAAGGAAAAAAAUAAAUUAGAGUGGGCUUUGAUACAAUAUCACUUCAGAUACCUUACUUCAAAAUGGCAUUUGCAUAUUUGUAUAUUUAGCUCAUUUUUUCCCCAUUAGGUGGUUUUAAGCCCACUAUUAUUUCUCUACCACUCUUUAAAUUCCAUAGCUAUCUAUUACGCACACAGGAAAUGAACCAAACUACCCCAUCCCCAGUUCAAUUAAAACGGCUAGAUCCAACCACACACCUAAACUCGUGUAGCGUAGCCACUGCUGUAUUGUGAAAGCUCGAACUGCCGCGGUCUUUUUUUUGUUACCACAAAGGAUGACUUCCUUUGACGUGCCAAUUAUUACUAAUCAUAAACAAAUGACUUUUGUACGAAUUCAAAUAUCAACGCUCUCCUUAGAAUAUGGUAUUUGUCAGGUUGCUUUGCAACAACUACCUGCUUCUUUACAGAACAAUUUCACUCAUGUGUUCGUCUAGGAGGCAUUAGCAUGAUGCAAUAAUUUUACACAAGCAUACGUGUGAGGCAAGAGGACAUAAGAGACUGAGUUGGAAACAUGAUCUAAGCGUUCUAAAAUAGGGGAAAUUAUUUUCUAUAUAUCUAUUCCU